AUGCAGCCAGUUGGAGUAAAGACUCCAACAUCUAAUAAUCUCAAUGAGACUGUUAAACACCAUCCCGAAAACAUCGAGAAGGCGGAUUCGCCUAACCAACUUAAACCUAAAGUUAAACUGGGUAAAAAACAAAGUAGAAGUUCAAAACAUCUGGGUGUUUAUUCUCCCGUUAAUGAGAAAAAUCAAUUUACAAACAAAAUUGAAUCCUCUAAACCUUCUAGGGCCCAUUCACUUACCCUGACUUCGAAUAGGGUAGAACAAGUGAAAACAAAAGGUAGGAAGAGGAGACUGAGGAGGAACAAAAAAAUCAACAACAGUUUGGUCGCAAAUAAUCAAUUACUUCAGUCUGAGGCAUCAUUGAUACAGCUGGACCCUGAAAUGGAGUUCGCCCACAAACUCUAUAACAUGAACAAUUACAAGAACACAUUCCUUCAAUAUGGACUUAAAAACAGCACUGAUAAACCACCUGAACACCAAGACUCUUUCUACACUGAAGAUACCUUUUUCAUGUCAGACCAGAUAAAGCUACCAUUAUACGUGGGAUUCUUCCUAUCUGGUUUCUUCGGGUUAAUUAUUUUGAUAUUAAUUGCAGUUUGGCUGUGGACAGUUUUAAAGUUUGGUGCUCAGGAGGACAAAGAAGCUGAUGAAUACAGUAAAGCAAUGAUUAAGGAAGAUAGUCCUCAAACUCUGGCUGAAUUCAGGGCAGGCAACCCUAACCUGGUAACAAUUAGUGACUACAUUCUCAACGGGAAGAGGGAAGCUAAGAAUGCCUAUAAGGAUCAAAAUUAUUCAAAUGAAAAUUCUGCUUCAGAUGAGGACGGACAGAGUCAAGGUGAAGUUACCGGUGACCAUAUUGAAGGAGAGGAAACCCAUGAAUAUGACGAAGUUUUAGACAGCAUCGAAGAGGAAUAUUCAGAGAAAGCAUCCUACACAGACAGGUCAUCUUCUUCUAAAGAUGGGACACUUGAAAAUAUUAACCUUGAAGGAAUACCAGGACCGGAUGACAUAAAUUACGAUGAAUACAUUGACUGGGAGAAUGAAGAUUACGAGGAUAAAUUAGAGGGAGCGGAUCGGGAAGAAGAUGACAAUUCAGAUCUCAAAGAAUUGUUUGGUUAG